GCACGCCCAUCCCCGUCCUCCUGUCCAACGCUCUCCGUCUCUCUGCUAAAAAUAGCCAUAAAAGCUCGACUUGCAAACUUUCCGAGAUACCCAGAAAAAAGAUUGAAGCUUUGAAGGAAGGAAGGAUAGUAGUAAGACUGAAAGCAAUUUCUGUGCCGAACUUCUGCGUUUCUCUUCACGGUUUGUGAGAUAUGGUUUCGAAGCGCAUGUUAAGCUUGAUCAAACUGUUUAGGAGCAUGUAGUAUUGGUGAAAAAAACAAAUUAGAAGAACCGAAAAAUGGCGUUGCAGCAAUACUUUGCACACGAAUGCAAAUCCAUCGCCGGAGAAACAACAGAAUCAGAAAAUUCCAAAGGUGGCUUUGACUGCAACAUCUGCUUAGACUUUGCACACGAGCCAGUGGUCACCUUCUGUGGCCAUCUAUAUUGCUGGCCUUGCAUUUACAAAUGGCUUCAUGUUCAGAGUGCGUCCCUUGCCUCCGAUGAGUGCCCUCAGUGCCCUGUUUGCAAGGCUGAUAUAUCACACACUACCAUGGUCCCACUUUAUGGCCGGGGCCAAGCAACUUCUGAACCUGAGUUUGAAGGAAAGGUAGCACUCUACGGGGGAAUGGUAAUACCUCCCAGACCAUCAGCAUUCGAUGCACAAGCUCUCAUAUCUAGCACCUCUCAGACGGUCCAGCAACUUCCGUAUCGUAACCCUUAUCAGAACCAACAAUAUAACCCUCAUUCAUACAGCAGUUUAGGGGAACAUUCUUCCUCGCCGCUGCUUGACCUCAGAGGCACUGCAGUGGCAGGUAUCCACCAUCCGGCGGUUGGGGUGUUUGGGGAAAUGGUUUAUUCAAGGGUGUUCGGAAACUCGCAGAGCGUAUAUGGGUAUCCAAAUUCGUAUCACCUAACUGGAAGUAGUACUCCGAGGCUGAGGAGGCACGAGAUGCAGGCAGACAAGUCACUAAACAGAAUAUCUAUUUUCCUCUUCUGUUGCUUGCUUUUGUGCCUUCUUGUCUUCUGAAGUUUAGAGACUUGGUCAUUCUCCUGCUGCUGCCAUUUUGUAUACUGUAUAAUUAACGCUUGGGAACAUAGAUAGAUGACAUUAGAUUUGAAAUAUAUGGGGUAAUAGUAAUCCUAGAGAUUUUAUUCAGAAUCA